AUGAAUCAAAAGUACUUAAAAACAAAAUAAAUCAAUAAUCAUAAAUGUAGGAAGGUAUAAAAUAAAAAUGAUACACCAUCAUCAAUUAAUAAAGAUUUACCUUUCUUCAAUUAUCAUUCCCUCCUUUUAGAACUAAGUUUAAGUUAGAAUUUGAUGGGUCUCCAAAAAUAGAAUAUUCACCACAUAUAGUUUAAUUUGAAGGAUUUUCAGAGAAUUUAACAAAUAGAAAUUUAUGUUUAUAAUCGGAUUACAUUAUACAAUCAUAAAAUUGAUAUAAUAUUCUAAUGAUU